AGUAGCGCUGUAGGGAGGGGCCGAAGAAACAAGUGUUGAAAGUUAGCUCUACUUGUUUUGUUUUGGUGAACCGCUGAGGCCCAGAGUUGGACUUAAUGGUUGUUUUUAUGCUAUCAGUGCGAUGGUUUAUUAACAAUUGGAUACUGUAUAACUAGCCUCCACCUAUUGACAAUGACGGUUCAACUGGAACCUUCUCCGACACUGGCGACAGAGAAAGAGGUAUUUGUGUUUUCACAGGCCAGGUUGCUGUGCCAAGGAGCCAAUAACCAAAGCUACUUCUGUGAGUCAGGUCACUGCUGUGGAGAGAAACAAUGCUGCAGCUACUACUAUGAACUGUGGUGGUUUUGGUUAGUGUGGGCUCUAAUCAUUAUUCUGACCUGCAUCUGCGUGUGCCAGCACUGGCGCUCCAAGCAGCGCUUCCAGCAGCAGCGUCGUCAGAACGAGAUCAACCUUAUCGCUUACAGAGAGGCUCACAACAACUCUCAGCUCCCCCUCUAUCUCAGAUUCUUACCUGCGUAUCUGCUGCCACCCUACGAAGAAGUUGAGAACCGACCGACCACGCCUCCUCCCCCGUACACCCCCGUCCAGACAGAACCUCAACCAACAGAACCUUCAGAAGACUUGCCUCUGCGUCCCAACUUAGCUGUGCCUAUCAGCAGGAUCGAGGACGCGGCCCUCCAGAAUACUCCAGAGGCCACAAACGCACAUCUCCACAAUGGUAACAACCCAAACAAGGACUCCACGCCAGGCAGGUACCGGCGAUUUACGGGCGAUUCCGGAAUUGAGGUAUGCGACGGUCAGGAACCGUGGGAUCAGCGCAGCAUUUUACAAAGAGAAGAAGAAACGGAGGAGCCUGGUGUUGCGCAACACGGCAUGGAAUAUGAUCUCUCUAGCGCUGGGACUGUUGGAGCCAGUGAAAAUAUUUACCUUUAAUGUUUCAUAAACUGAUGCAAAAAUUUGACCCUCGGUGCUCGGGGCUGUGGUCUUGUAGCACAUGUGCAGGUUUGACUGGCCUGGUGACAAGCUCGGAGAAAAUCGGAAGCACCUUUCUUACUCGGAAUCUUUUUGCCUUAAAAUUGUUAGUAUUGAUAUUAUAAUUACUUUCACACUCAGUCUUCUUUUUUUUUUAAAAAAAAAAAAAACCUCUCCUAAAGUAGCUAAAGUGUCAGUGUUAGUUUGACUAAAAUGUCCUGCGUAGAACUUCUCUGUCCGCCUUGUAGGCCCAGGUAAUCCAUAACGGGGUCAAGAGUCAAAUUGUGUAUAUAUACUUGCUUGUAUAUAGGACGGAAAAAAAAAACGUUAUGUCAACCAAUAAAUAGCCUAAUACGA